AUGAACAACCAGCAGCACCAAGGUCCCGAUGACGAGAGCAUAUGGUCGCCAAGAAGAGCGCACGCUUGGUAUGAGAACAAUCGCGCCCCCAGGCCAGUGAAUUUGCAGUCUCACAGGCCGGGACCUGGCUCCUGGAAUAGUUACCAGCCUCACAACAUCGGUCAGCGCAAUGCGAUAUGGCGAGGGUCCUCUUUGGUCAAUGCCAAUUUCAACCGGAAUCUCAAUUCUGAUCAAGGCGCUUUGAAUGAUUUAUGGGUCGGAAGAGGACGCCUUUGCAAUGGGUACGGCCCUCACGAUCGGACUCCAGUCUCUGGUCCACACGGACAGCCCACCCCUACUCCAAUGGAGUAUAUCAGCCAAGCUCGGAGGCGUCCACUAGAGGACCACGUUUUCAUGGACGCGUGGGCGACGUCGGAAACGAUCGAUCAAGCUGUCGGCCAAGGUCCCAGAAGACUGCACGCAGUUACUAGAAGACGGUACGGAUCCAGCACCACGAGUCCUACCAAUGUAGUCUGGAUCCACGAUUCGCACACUGAGAUUCCAGAACCAGCUAGGUCGACUUACUACCUGGAAUGCACGUUCGGAUCCGAUUGUCGUAUCCUGGAGGACCAUGCAAGGGCCGAGUCCUCUAGACCACCCAGCAUAGACGGGUUGGUCCCGGAUGAGAUGGAUGAAGAGCAAUACGACCGGCUUGAACUAAGGGGCGGCGGAGGAAGCGUGUUAGAGGAGCAUGAAUGGCAAUGCUGCAAGAAGAGUUGCAGAGGACGCAAGAACACGAGCAGCCACACUUCGGGACGCCUGUGCAGAUUCUGCGGGAGCAAGAAAUGCGAGAAUUGCAUCGAGAAGCCAGAAAUCUGCUUCUUUUGCAGCCAGAAAGGGGAGGAGAUGUCCAAUGCCCUUAUCGUCUUCCGAAAGAAGUUCUCCAGGCAGUAUUGCAUGGAGUGCGGAACGAAAGCGUUGCAGUGCGUCCAAUGCGACCAGACAAAAGGGGUCAUGGCAGUGAGUGGCGACGCGAAACUUAACGAAGGAGAAGAUCGAUACUCAAUGAUCUGUCCUGAUUGUGUCAAGAAACAGAAAGCAUUGGCCCAGUUCAAGAUGUGCAGAAUCUAG